UGAUGAUAUUAUGGUCGACAUAAUUACUUGGGCAUAAUUUUGUUGUUACUGGAACAAAUCUAGGCCUCAAAAAAAUCUCAAAAUUCAACUGUCUUCUUCUCUCACAGCCAAAAUCGAGAAGAUUCUUAAAUCUCGUUUCUGCGGCGUAGGUGAGUCGUAAGCGAUAAAGUUUUGCUUAUAUCUGUCCCCAUGGAUUUUUGAUAAAGAAGAGAAGAGAGGAAUCGAGUUUUCUUCUUCCAAGGGGUUGAAAUUUGGUUUCUCUUCAACGAAAAUGAUCAAGCUUUGCUUCACCACCUCUCAUGGUUAUACAAUCCCUGGACUUGGUCUUCCUCAAGAGCUCUCUAACAGCGAAAUCAUCAAGUUUAUCUGGGUUCGUGUAAAGUUGGUGUCUUUCGUCUAUAUCUUGUUGGAUUUGACAGCUUCGAUGCUUGAAUUUAUCUGGGUUCAUAGUAGCCGGUCUUAUCUGGUGAAUCCGGGAACAAAACAAGAGAUCAUACCUGCGAGCUCCUUCAAUCUGAACCCACAACACUUGGAUCCAUGGAAACCGGUUUCUUCAUUUAGCAAAUCUAACCAAUUCGUGGAGCUUGACUCAGCCAUGAUGAAACCUCUGCUCAUGGAUGUUCAUGAGAAGGCACCAGAAUCUCUGGUUUUGAGCUUUGGAAUCGCUGAGAAGCAUGCGAGACAAGAGAAAGUGAUGGAGUUUCUUCUGUCUAGGUCAGAGGAGUUCAAGGAAAGAGGAUUCGAUAUGUCUCUGCUAUCUGAAUUGAUGGAGCUAGAGGCUAUGAAAUCGAGUUCUCAGCUACUACCAUAUGGUGCUUCCUCUGUUCUGUACUUGAAUCAAGAAUUAGGGAAACCCGUUUUGGAUCUCGUUAGGGAUAUGGUGGAUAAUCCAGAGUUCUCUGUGCAAUCGAAUGGCCACGUUCUCUUCUCCUCAAGUAGCAGUCAUGAGCUGAAUGACAUACUUUCUGAGUUCAAUUUGUCUAGGAAUUCAACUAAAUGGAGACAGCUCUCACCGCUUGUCCCGCAGUUUCAGUGGUUUGAAAGUGAAGUGGUAACACCGGCUAAGCUGAAAGCAGUUACAGUGUUAGCACCUUUGAAGAGUCCUGAGAAACCCAGGCUCAAGCCGUCACCAAGGAAACAAAACACGAAGCGGAAGGCCAAAGAGAAGGACCUCUACAGAAGAAACCAUCUCCACGCUUACGAGAGCCUUCUGUCUUUAAUGGUAGGCAAUGAUCAUCAGCACAAUCACACAACGAUACUCUCUUUACAGAGAUCAUGCGGAGAGAUCUCAGAGCUUCUUACACAGUUUUCUAUCACCGCCGCUGGAACUGGAAUCGCCGUGCUCUUCUCUGUGGUGUGUAGCCUCGCUUCAAGGAGUGUACCCUUCUGCGCAAACAAGUUCUUCGACACUGGACUUGGUUUCAGCUUGGUAGUACUGUCUUGGGCUGUGAAUAGGCUCAGGGUGGUGAUUGUUCAUGCCAAUAGGAAAGCAAACAAGCCUUGUUCAAGUUUGAAGAGUGAAGAAAUCAUAAACAGUGUGGAGAGAAGCAUAAAGGAGGUUUACUUCAGAGCUGCCACGGUAAUGGCGGUGUUUGCGCUUAGGUUUGCAUGUUAAAGAGAAGUCGCGGUGAAAGGUUCAAAAUCUUUGAUUUGUAAAUGACAAAAUCUUGUUCAGUACUGAGACGGCAAAUGUGAGGAUGAUGAUGAUAUAAAGCAAUCAAACUAGCAAUAAUCAGACAAAACAAAAGAAACAAAAAAAGAUGAAGUCUUGCAAAUUAAUAUCAUGUCUAAACUCUUGUCACUGUGUUGGGGAUCCGAUGCAGCCAAUGUGGGAGAAUGUAGGAGGAAAAUUUUGAAUGGAACAAGCAAUUCAUAUAUUCAACGGAAACCAUCAUAGCUCUCGGGUCUUUAACGGAAAUCACAGAGAGACCUUCGUGUUUG